GAACAAGCCUACUCAAAGCAAUCAUGUCCUGGGUCAAGUUCUUUCGAUCCAUGAUACGCCGUGGGCCGUUCGACCCGCGGCACCAUAUCGGACCUCCCUCUCCGGCAUACCUCAAGCAGCAGUGCCAUGCGUUGAGCCAAUCGUCUCAUGCAGGAGCCGUAUGGGGUCCGCCGCAACCCAAAGCGGCUCGCGCAGAUGGCGAAGUCGACACGCACCUGUUCAUGCUCUAUUUCCUCAUCACAGAGACAACGGCUACGUUUCUAUGGCUAUCGAUCGCCGCGCAUUGUCUGCAUGGCUCGCGCGUACCCUUCCUCUCGUUGCCCAUGCGGUUUGUGAUCGGAGGUGCAUAUUGCAUAGUGAAAUUGGCGCUGCUCGAGUAUGCGUUCCAUGCGUCACUGUACUUUCACAUUUCGUUCAUGGUUGCAGCAGUGUACAUGGUGCUGUCGACGGUGGCGUGGGGGUGGCAUCGCGGCCCGCUGUGGUUUCUCUAUUACAUGAAGCCACCGCGCCUAUUCCAACCAUUUUCCUUCCGCGGGUGCAUCCAGCACGUGGUGUACUUGCUCUUCCAGUGUGUUGCGUCGCCAGCUUCCUCCAUAACAUCCAACUCACUGCCAACCCAAUCCGAGAUGAACCCUCGACCAUCUACUUGCGUCCUACCUGGCCUUGCCAAGCACAAGGUAGCAACGGCUACGACAGCGACCACCUUGACCGUACAUGUGUUGGGAAAUCCCCGGUUGCAUAUUCCAUUGCGAAUGGAUAUUUGGAACUCGACCUUGACCGAGCACUGGCGCCAAGCGCUGCUGGAUUACGGCGACGACCGGCGGCACCGUCGCCUCACACGCGAUAGGUCGGCCAUCGAAGCGCGGCUUCUCGUAGCCAUUGAUUCCACAGGAUUGGUCGUGUCGUUCUAUUUAAUGGCCCCCGAUGCCACCACUGUGCACGCGUUGAGUAGUAGCCCCCUCUCUUCCGCCAAAGCCUCACCCGAGCCAACACGUGCAAUAUGUGAAGACAACGUUGUUGCGACGACUGUUGUAAGUGUAUUGGAACUCGUGCUUCGGUACCACAACCACUCGAGCUCGACGCGAUCGACGACAGACAUGCAAUUUCAAAAAACACCGUACAUAUACUACGCCACGAAUCCCAUCUCGAGUCCCCGGCUCACACCUAUGCAGCGUUCCGCCCUAAUACAAUUGCUGCAGCGACUCAACGUGAACAUGGCCAUUGGGCAUGAAAUUGGCCUUCGGAUGCUGCAAUGUCCAAACUUUCUCACGCUGGCCCCGACCAAAGCUGCGACGGGGUCCCGCCAUCAUCGCAGGUCGAAUCUGUCGUCGCUGUUGGACUGACCUGUCAACACGACCAAUAAUACAACUCAGCAUGAUUUACGAAUAGCCAAA